AUGGCUGGAGAAGUGCGCCAGCCUAUAGAUCUCCCAUCGCUGGAGCGGUAUAUUGACCAACAUGUGCCUAAUCUCAAGACUCCGCUGGGACUGAAACAGUUCGGCUUCGGUCAAUCCAACCCUACGUACCAGCUUAUUAGCGCCGAUGGCAAUAAGUACGUCCUGCGCAAGAAGCCUCCGGGCAAGCUACUGUCCAAAACGGCACACCGAGUGGAACGAGAAUUCCAGAUCAUUCAGGCACUAGGCCAGACCGAUGUGCCAGUGCCCGAGGCUCUUUGUCUAUGCGAGGACAACAGCGUGAUCGGCACGCCGUUUUACAUCAUGGAGUUCCUGGAUGGGCGGCACUUUACCGACCCGGCGAUGCCUGGCGUGAGCGGAGAGGAGAGAAAUGCACUAUGGAAAUCCGCAGUGGAAACGCUCGCCAAAUUCCACCGGGUGGUACCCAAGACGGUUGGGCUCGAGAAGUUCGGCAAGCCGACGGGAUUCUACGACCGACAGAUUGCAACCUUCACGACGGUGUCCAAGGCACAGGCACAGGUGGUCGACGCCGACACUAAGGAACCGGUGGGUGAGCUGCCGCACUUUAACGACAUGGUGACAUUCUUCGCGCAAAAGGCGACGCAGCCGCGCGAUCGGGGCACGCUAGUACACGGCGACUACAAGAUCGAUAACAUGAUCUUCCACCGGACGGAGCCGCGAGUGAUCGGGAUUCUCGACUGGGAAAUGGCGACCGUGGGCCAUCCGCUAUCGGACUUUUGCAACCUGACGAGCCCGUACAUCAUGGACGGGGCGGACAGCCAGACGGAAAUGUUCCAGCCCGGACGAGUGCAGGGGCUACCGUCGCGCGAGGACUGCGUGCGCUGGUACAGUGCGGUGGCCGGAUACAAUCCGGCGGAGGACAUCCUCUGGGGCGAUGCGUUCUUCGCCUUCCGAGGCUCCGUAAUCAUGCAGGGCAUUGCGGCCCGGUUUGCAGGCCGCCAGGCGAGCAGUGCGCGGGCGAGCGACUACGGCAAGCGGGCCAAGCCAUUUGCACUGUAUGCGUGGGAGCAGGUCAAACAGGUACAACGGCAGUCCCAGCAGAAGGGCAAAUUGUAG